AUGCCUUCCAACCUUGUCAUAGUUUGGUUCGUCUCGCACUGGGCCAUUGGGUGGAGCGCCGGGAACAGGGUCGCCGUGGCCACCUGGGCCGGCCCGGCCGCCCAAGUCCUUCCUGAUCACGGCGAUGCCAACACCGACCGUAAACCACCGCAGCUAUUAGGGAAGCCGACGUUGAUUACAGCCAUUAGGAUCCCGAAGAUCCACUUCCCUUCGGGCCGAGGCUUAUCGCUGCAGAUAAAUUGCUUUGCGGGAGAACCACACCGUCGAGUCAAGCGUGUGCCGGCACUACCAGAAAAGAGCGUGUUUAACGACGUCCUAUAUCUCGGCACGGUCGAACGACGUCAUGCCCCACCGCAGAAUGGCGUGCCUGACGACGACGUUGUCUAUCUCGGUACUGUCAACCGAGGUCACGCCCUAGAAGAGGCGGUUUGCGUUGGUAAUGCAACCGUUUAG